CUCGGCUCAGUCUGGCCGGCCCCAUGUUACUGAGCGGAGCUCCUCCCGCGGGCUCGGGCCCCGGGCCGCGGGGAGCGCAGGGGAGCGCGGGGGGCGGCCCUGGGGGGGCCCGUCGGGGCGCUGGGGGCUCAGGGGCCGGCCCCGGGGGGAGCGGCGGCGGGGGUGGCGGAGGUGUGGCCAAGUGGCUCCGGGAGCACCUGGGUUUCCGCGGGGGGAGCGGCGGCGGCGGGGGUGCCAAGCCCGCACCCCCAGAGCCCGACUAUCGGCCCCCAGCGCCCGUUCCAGCCUCACCUCCCGCGCCGCCCCCCGACAUCCUAGCCGCCUACCGGCUGCAGCGGGAGCGCGACUUCGAGGACCCCUACUCUGGGGGGCCGUCGGGCCCCGCCACUCCAGCGGCUCCCGCCGCUCCCGGCCCCACGCCGCCUCCGCGCCACGGCUCUCCCCCACAUCGCUUGAUACGGGUCGAGACCCCCGGGCCCCCGGCACCCCCGCAAGAGGAGCGACUCCCGGCCGGCGGGGACCGGCUGGCAAUCUUAGAAGACUAUGCCGAUCCUUUUGAUGCUCAAGAAACAGGCGAGGGCCCAGCAGUACCAGUGGGCCCGACGGAGAAAAUGCCGGAGAAUGAUGGCUACAUGGAGCCCUAUGAGGCUCAGAAGAUGAUGGCUGAGAUCCGAGGCUCCAAGGAAGCAGCUGCCAAGCCCCUGCCCCUGUAUGAUACACCCUAUGAACCAGCGGAGGAAGGGCUCAGCCCGGAGGGGGAGGGGACUGGUCGGCCCCGGGAGUCCCGUCUACCUGAGGAUGAUGAGAGACCCCCUGAGGAGUAUGACCAGCCCUGGGAGUGGAAGAAGGAGAGGAUCUCCAAGGCCUUUGCUGUUGAUAUUAAGGUCAUCAAAGACCUACCUUGGCCACCGCCUGUGGGACAGCUGGACAGCAGCCCUUCCCUCCCUGAUGGGGAUGGGGACAUCUCUGCUCUGGUCUCACCCCUCCUCCCUGAACCCAGCCUGGAAGACAGCAGUGCCCAGUUUGAAGGGUCCGAGAACUGCUUGUCACCCAGCAGGGAAGAGAAGGGUCGGCCCCUUCCUCGGCUUCCUGGAGUGAACUCCAAGACAGUGAAGCCCCUGAGCAUUGAGCCCAGCAGCCCCCUGGGGGAAUGGACAGACCCAGCCCUGCCUCUGGAAAACCAGGUUUGGUACCAUGGGGCCAUCAGCCGAACGGAUGCCGAGAACCUGCUGAGGCUAUGCAAGGAAGCCAGCUAUUUGGUGCGAAACAGUGAGACCAGCAAGAAUGACUUCUCCCUCUCCCUCAAGAGCAGCCAGGGCUUCAUGCACAUGAAACUUUCUCGGACCAAGGAGCACAAGUACGUGCUGGGCCAGAACAGCCCACCCUUCAGCAGCGUCCCAGAGAUCGUUCACCAUUACGCCAGCCGGAAGCUGCCCAUCAAGGGGGCUGAGCACAUGUCUCUGCUCUACCCUGUAGCCAUCCGGACUCUGUAAGGAUGGAGGAUCAGCAGCCAUCACUUUCCCAGGGCUGAAAAGUAGCCCCCACCUAGGAUCACUUCCAGUCCCUCUGGCUACCCCCUUCAACCAGCUGUUGAACUUCUUGGCUUCUUCCAAGGAGAGAAGUAUCAGCCAGAACCUAUGUGGCCCCUAAGGGCUCCUCUCUUCUCCCUGGUCCCCUCCCAUUCCAUUUUCCCCCAGAGGCUGAGAGGAAAGCUUCUUUAAUUUAUUCUAAAAGGGAAAGUCAAGGGUUUUGUGGGUAGGGGAGAUGUCCCUGAGAGAAGAGUAAAUUCCAUGGGACAAUGAGUAUUUGGGGAUGGGGCAUCAUUCCCUUUCUAAGGUCUUCUGGAGCUAGAAGCCUUUCUACCUCCUGGUGCUGGGAUAGUUUUGACCUGAGAGGUGGUGAAGCCCUCUGUGGCACUCGCCUAAGGCUUCAGGAGGUCCAGGAUGAACGACUCCACGACUUUCAAGACUGGAACCUGAAUGGCAAGGAGGGCCUGAAUCCUCAGCCCUGGCAUUUGGAAUCCUUUAGAGGGUGGGUCUGGGGCAGGUUUCCAGACCAAUAAGUGGCCAUCUCCUUCGGCUUCAACUCAACCUCCUCUCAACAUUCAUCACCAUCCUCAGUCUUAAGAAAGUUCCUUGUCGGGAGGGAAAGAGGGAAGCUAAAAGGAGGGAGUUGGGGUCUGGUGAUGCUAGGCCUUCCGAAUCGAGGAGAUGGGGAGAAUUUGAGGGAACCGAGGGAGCCAGUUCUGCCAGUUGUCCGAGGUGCCAGUAUCAAUAACUGGUCCCCUCCCCCAAUUGUCUGCCCCCCUACUUCCCAGAAAGACGACUCGGGGAGAAGAGACGCGGUGCUGGGGGUGGGAGGGGAUCUGCAAGCAGCGAAGCUCGAACAGAUUCUGUUGAUAAAUCAGUUUCAUAGCAGUCACUGAACGGCGGUGAAAAGCACUUUCCGAAGCAUCAAGUUCUUUUUCUUUGACUAGAUGUCAAAACAUUACCCUCUCUCAGCCCCCACCCAGCACUGCACUGGGGUCCAGGAGGCGUCUGGCAGCGGUAGCGGCGCCACGCGCUCUCCCGCUUCUUCCCCCCCCUCCUUCCCUGCCUUCCCCCGCUGCCUGCGCCUCCCAACGCAGCGCGUAAGAGCAAGACUCCCCUAGGAGCGCGUUCAAUUUCCUGUCAGGAAUCAUUUGUUAAGGAGGAGGGGGAGCUGGGGAGAGAGACAAAGAGCCGGAGACAGACACGCAGCUCUGGAGAGGGAGGGAGAGUGGAAGGGUGGGCACACGGGAGGGGAAAGGAAGGAGACCUUGACACGCGAAAAGCUGAGCACCAGGGGGAGGGGGAAAUCCGGUCCCGGGCUGGGGAGUCGGGGUGGAGGCUGCCGGGACAGGACGGGGAGGUUGGUCUCCUUUGCUUUCCAGUGGGCGGUUGGGAAGCCUGGUUUCCUUCCCUUUCGUAUUUCUGUCCUGGCUGCUUCAUGAGGACCAACCAUAUCCCCGUGCAGUCGCAGGGAAGACGGAGUUGGGGGUAGAAGCCGCCGAGUCGGCGAGCAAAGCCAGGGCUGGAGCUCUUCCCCCUUGCCAACGGCCGCAUCCUCGAGCGCAGAGCCAGCGCGCCCUCCCUGCCCCCUGCUGGAGGCCGCCUGUAACUGCGAGUACGAGAGUUUGGGGGACUAAGGGGCCUGGCCGCUGAGGUCUUUGGGCCCCGGUUGGAAAUGGGUUCAGUCUCUUUUCUUCGACUCGAGAGGACUUUAAGAGCUAAGAGAGGCUUUAAAGAUUACCAACUCCGCGGGUUCUUGGGGUUGGUGAAUAAAUUUCAGGGGGGAAAGAAUCACAUCCUUAUUUUCAUAACCACUAACUGAAAUUUAGCAUUUCUUUAAAUUAUUAAAAAUAUUCCAAGGAGUCCUUAAGGUUUACUCUGAGGUUCGGGACACAAAAAGGUGAAGGACCCCUGAUCUAGUCCGACUCUCUAAUUUUAGAGAUGAAAGGAAGCCCAGAGGGAGAGGUGGACAUGCUCUGUGUCCUAGUUAGCUCCUAGGAUAUUAGCCAGACCAGAUCUUACAGUAUAGGCUCUGAAGAAGGAAGUGACACAUAACUGGCAGCAGCUAUAGAGUUGGCUGACUUUGUCAUGGAUACCUACCAUCCGGUCUGCCCUAGCCCAUUAUAACACACUCCCCACCCCCACCCCAACCAGGAAAGUAUUGAUCACUCCAACAACCACUGGCUAAGUAACAGCAGAAGUUCCCUGGUGGAUCUUACAGCAGCUGGGGGUGCUCUACACCAGACUCAUCCGAUCCUGAAAAGCCCACAGAAACCCUGGGAAAUUCUCCAUGACAUCCUGAUCUAGGCUAUCAGACCCACUGCAUCAUGAACCAACCUGCUGUUUGUUCUUCCUAAUCAGAGCAGCUUUGUGGUGCAUGGAGGUUCUUGUGUCGAGACAAAGCCCAAACUUUUCUUUUACUGUCUGUCCCAUGUAGGUCUCUCUCCCAAGGCCCCAAAGAACUUGAAUAAAUGCUCUCCGUGUCUCUGGA